GUACGUGCAACGGCACAUCGUUGGGAAUCUAACGUCACGAAGCGUGUCAUUCGAGAUUUCCCAGAGUACUGUAGGGGCUCUCGACCAGUUUAGGCUUUCGAGUCGAGGGCCGCGGGAUAGGCUGCAUACAGGUUGUUGUUGGAAUCCCCUUUCCUGAGCUUGGAUUUGACUAUCUCCCCACCCCACCGCAAGAAACAUGCGGUUAUUCUUACCAAGGCUACCGAACGGCGAAUGAGCUUGUCUGUUACCGAGCCUCCAAGGAAACCUGUCGCCCGCCAGCUCCGGCCAGGCAAUGACAGCGGCCCUGGCAACCCCGCAGCAGAUCAGGGACCGGCUGCUGCAGGCCAUCGAUACCCAGAGCAAUAUUGUUCUGAAGCUAUUAUACAGAUGUAGUCUUGAUUUAAAAGUCUGCUUUGACUCCAUCAGUGAAAUCUUAGCAAUGAAGCCCAGGAAGACUUCAAAAAUUUGCAACAUGGUGGCUGUCAUGGAAGUUAUCUCCAGCUUAGAAAAAUACCCUAUCACCAAAGAAGCACUUGAGGAAACACGGUUAGGAAAACUCAUCAAUGAUGUAAGAAAGAAAACAACAAAUGAGGAUCUAGCCAAGCGUGCAAAAAAGCUGCUGCGAAAUUGGCAGAAACUGAUAGAACCUGUAGUCCAGAAUGAGCAAUUGCCAAGACCUAAUCCACCUGGGUCAGCAAAUGGUGGUGCUCUGAAUUGCAAACCAGAAAUUCAGUCUCCCAUAAUCUCUGGUGGCACAAAACCAAUACAGGAGCUCAAAACUAGGAAUGAUAUACAGAAUUUGAAUUCUCCAAAGGAAAAAUUGGGAAACAGAAAAAGAAAAGGAGAUCUUAAAGAUGGUAUACAGGGUCCUCCUUCAAAGGUUUCCAAACCAAACUGUGAACAGUUACAAAACUGCUCUCCUGUACCAUCUAAUGGAGUGGGAGGAAGCCCUGGAGGUUUUCCAAGUGUUCGGGAUGUGACGUCAGCAAAUGCACACAAUUCUCCAGAAAGAAAUAGGCUUGAGCAUCUGGAAAAUGAUAAACACAGUAAAAUCCCAAUAAAUGCAGUGAAGCCUCAUACCAGUUCUCCAGGACUUGUGAAAAUGUCAAGCACUUCCUCUUUGCUAAAGACUUCAGUAUUGCAGCAGCUUGAAAAAUCGGAGGAAACCUCAGGGCAGUGUCAACCUAGGAGCCCACGUUGCCCUUCUUUUAGCCCAAGGAAUAUUAAGCAAGACGCAUCAGUCAAACGACAAACAACAUAUGCACCAAAGGGUACUGUCUCUAGUCCUUUACCACUUUCAGACUCUUAUGUGCCAUCUCCCCUACCUUUGACACAACCUUCUACACCUCCAGUAUCAGCAAAAAAGCUUGAGGGCUCCCAGCAACCAGAAAGUGAGAUGCCAGCACACUGCGCAGGACAUGUAGGUGUGGAAAGCCCUCACAGACCUACAGCAGGGACAUUACAACACAACACCCCUCUGCACUCGUCACACAGCUUAAAAAUGGGUUUGCAUCAAGGAGAACCCGUAACACCUCGCACUUCAGGGUACACACCUGAUGCCUCAAAAGGGGACAGUGAUGAUGCGGCUUCAGGUUCAGAUUCUAAAAAAAAGAAAUAUCGGCCUAGAGACCAUAGAACAAACCUUGAGGAACGGACUGCAGAAGGUAAAAAGCCUUCUGUUAAAUUAAAAGAGCGAAAACUCACAUUUGAUCAUAUAACAAGACAGAUAAUACCUUUAACAAACAAAGAGCCUUCACAGGUGAGUAGUUCUGCACCAGCACCAGCAGUACAACACAGGACAGAACCUGAACGGCAAGAAACAAAAGUAGCCCCCCAAAGUCCUUUUGAGCAAACAAACUGGAAAGAACUGUCUAAAAAUGGAAUAAUUGCAUCCUAUUUAAAUAGGCAAAGCAACUUGUUGUCCACUUCAGGAGCACAGACACCUGGAGCUCAUUAUUUUAUGUCAGAGUAUUUGAAACAAGAAGAAAGCACUAGAAGAGAAGCCAGAAAAACUGGUAUUUUAGUAUGUAGUACUCCUGUGGACUUACCUGGGGUCAGUAAUGACAUCACAGAUGAUCUCAGGAAAGUACAUGAACAGCAUUGGUCUGGUGUGAACGGUUGUUAUGAUACACAGGGUAAUUGGUAUGAUUGGACGCAGUGCAUAUCUGUAGAUCCCCAUGGUGAUGAUGGUAGACUGAAUAUCCUGCCUUAUGUCUGCCUAGACUGAUUAGUUUUACUCAAGAGCUUGCCAUCUACAGGUAAUGACAGUGGCAGACUGUACUCCACUUGAUUUGAAGGCCUCAACACACAGGGCUAACAAAAAAAGGAUAUGGAAGAGCUUUGGCGCAGUUCUUCCCCCUUAAAGUUCCCUUCUUUUGCAAAUUGCUGCUAAGUCCAUUUCAACAAGAGGUUGCAAAGGAAGGCUGUAAAGCUAGUCAGACAGGAAUAUCUGUUUUAGCAGGCUAGCUGUGAGAAGUGGUUAGCCCCAAAGAGGUAGCGGAAAACAAAUCCAGCUGUUUUCAGAAGGUUGGGAUAGGGUUUGGGCAGGUACAAGAAAACAUUGUGGCAUAACAGAAGGCAGAUUAAAGUUAUCUUUAACAAAGUAUGCAUCUAUUUAUUUUAUUCUUUUAUUUGGCAGUGAGAUACCAGUAAAAAAGUGCAAAAACUGUAGAUUAUUAUUUUUAUUUUUUUUUGCAUAAUUCAUCCUCUGUUUAACAUCUGCAAGUUAAGUCAUUCAAAAUGCAGAUAACUUUCCUUCUAAGUUGCACAGUUCAUCAUCUGGCUGGUUUAACAAGUCAUUACAUACAACAUUCCAUAGAUCUGUGCAGUUUUCGUAGUGAUCUUUUCAGUCAGUUUGUGUUUUCAUCUGUUCUAAAACAAGAAAAAGUAAGUUAGUUAUUUUAAGAUUUAAAAUACUGUAUUCCCUAUCACCAGCCAUGUUGUCCAUUUUUUCAGUCUCCCAUAAUUUAAAAAAAAAAAAUGUGUUCACGCACACACACACAAAAAGAGGGUGCUACUAGUUUGCAGCUUUGUACUGAGAGAAGUUGAGUUACAUUUGUAUGCUGGAUUUCUACUUGUUACCAUUCCUUUAGAUAUAAUUUGCCUUAUGGAUAUCUAUCACAAAACGCAAUUUGCAAAAACAAAGAGCCUUAGUGAAUGUACAGAGACUAGACUUCUGUGUUCCUCACAAUGCAGAAGAGAGCAAAUUUGCUAUUUGGUCCUUUUAAGUGGACACGUUGUGAUAUAAAUGUGGAAAUAAAAACAAAAAAAAAAUUUGCACAAA